AAAGUUAAGCACAGCCCACCACACCACUCCUCACAUUCUGUUACCACUCAUUGCAUGACACAUUGUAUCCAAACAAAGCACCAUCAACACAUAUAAUGCUAACAAAAGCUUUCAUUUUCGUCCAGAUCUCUUGUUUUCCCUUCUCACUUUUGCUAGCUACACACCACCAUGCUUCCCCUCCUCCUCCUCCUGUUCUCACUCCUAUCUUUUCACCCACCCGCGGCGGUUUCUGCCCGAUGCACCACCGUCACCACUGCAAAAACCUUCAAAAAAUGCAAGACACUGCCUUCCCAACAAGCCUCCAUAGCGUGGACGUUCCACCCGCACAAUGCCACCCUAGAAAUAGUCUUUUUCGGCACAUUCAUAUCGCCUUCCGGGUGGGUCGGGUGGGGCAUCAACCCUAGCUCGCCGCAAAUGACCGGGACACGUGCCCUAAUCGCCUUUCCGGACCCCAAUUCCGGACGACUAGUCCUACUACCGUAUAUUCUGGAUCCCACUGUAAAACUCCAAAAAAACUCACUAGUUUCCAAUCCUCUUGACAUCAACCUCCUCACCUCCUCCGCAACCCUGUACGGCGGUCGGUUGGCCACAAUUCAUGACGGUGCCUCUAUUCAGAUUCAUGCCACGUUGAAGCUGGUGCCAAACAAGACCAAAAUCCAUUAUGUCUGGAACCGGGGCCUCUAUGUCCAAGGCUACUCCCCAACCAUCCAUCCAACUACAGUUAACGACCUCUCCUCUGUUACCACCAUCGACUUACUAUCGGGAACCGAAUCCACCAAACACAGCAACAUCCAGACACUAAAACUCGCUCACGGGAUCAUCAACGGCAUCGCCUGGGGAAUCCUACUGCCCGUCGGAGUGGUCAUAUCCCGCUACCUCAGACACAUCCAAUCACUAGGCCCCGCCUGGUUCUACGCCCACGCCGGUGUCCAGCUCUCCGCCUUCUUCCUGGGUACCGCGGGGUUCUCCAUCGGACUCCGGCUGGGGGACCUGUCCCCCGGGGUCGUCUACGGGCUCCACCGGAAGCUGGGGUUCGCGGUGUUCUGCCUGGCGAGCCUGCAGACCCUGGCCCUGCUCUUCCGGCCGAAGACCACCAACAAGUACCGGAAGUACUGGAAGUCGUACCACCACUUCGUCGGGUACGCUUGCGUUGUCAUGGGGGUUGUGAACGUGUUCCAAGGGUUUGAGGUGAUGGGGGAGGGGAGGUCUUACGCCAAGUUGGGGUAUUGCCUGUGUUUGUCUACUUUGAUUGGGGUUUGUGUGGCGUUGGAAGUCAAUUCUUGGGUUGUUUUCUGUAGGAAAGCCAAGGAAGACAAGCUGAGGAGAGAAGGUGUGCUUGGGACCCCUGUAAAACAGAUUGGAUCAAGCCAUAAUUGAAUGAAAUUUUGGAGAUUUUUUUUUUUUGAUUUUUUUUGUAAUACAGGAUGUCCCAUAUCACCAUUUUGUUAAUGUUGUUAAAUGUUUUAGAAGGAUAUUGUUUUUUUUUCCUCUUUUAAUGUGAUUUAUUGUGAGACUGGAGAUAUAUGGAAUCUUUUCUUCCUUUUUUUA